GCCUCAGGACAAGGCGAGCCCGGUUUGACUGAUUCGGAAGCAGCAUACUGCUGUGUUGCAAGAUGCAGUGUUUAACACAUCGACUGGAACUGUUUCCUGACUGCCUUGUUACUCUUAUCCUGUUUAAUGAUGUGAAAAAUGCUGCCGUGCUAAGAAAAAAAGCAAUGGAAGGAGCUAUUGAUGGAGCAUUAAUUAAUCCUGCAAUGAUUGUUGAUCCAUUUCAGUUACUUGUGGCAACGAAUAAAGCUGUACAUCUCUACAAGACCAAUAAAAUGAAGACAAGAACUCUUAACGCGGAAAUAAUAUUCAACCUUUCCCCAAACAAUAAUAUUUCAGAUGCCUUCAGAAAGUUUGGCAUUUCAGACAGUGACACUGCCGUACUCGUCGUUCUGGUUGAAGACCAAGAGAAAACCAUGAAUCUGGAUGAUGUAAUACGUCAAGUGGAAGGCCAGCAAGUCUCCUUAGCAGAUCUCCCCAAAAUAACAGAUGUACAGAAAGUUAAAAAGUUGUACAAACUAACCCCACAGGAAGAAACAAUAGGCACACUGCUGGAUGGCAUCAUUUGUAGAAUGGCAACUAAAGAUGUUUCAUGAAAAAAAAGUGAGGACAUUGAAACAGUUUUAGCCUAAAACAAAUGUUUAUUUUAAUUUUUCUGUUAGGUCAAACCAGUGUUAAAAUGCCCUGAAGACUAACUCUUAUUUUAUUUGGAAACGGAAGCUGUCACAAUUUUAUUACAAACAUGGAAGAAUGUUUGGGUAUUGUGAUUAUUUUAUAAUUAAGAAGUAAAAGUUUAUUGUUCACUGUA